CCGGAAGUGGAAAGGCAAGGCGGCGGCUGAGGCGGCUCGGGAGGUUCCGGACCGGAGUAUGUUCCUCCCGCUGCUAUGGGCUGUCCAGAUCGGUGGUGAGGGGGCCUCUGGGCGCUAAAGGGGACGCGGGACUGGGCCAUGGCCGGCGCUCGGGCCGCCGCCGCUACUUCGGCGGGGUCCUCGGCUUCUUCGGGCAACCCGCAGCCUCAGGAGCCGGGGCUCGGGGAGCUGCUGGAGGAGUUCUCCCGGACUCAGUAUCGGGCCAAGGAUUUUAGUGGGACGGGAGGCUCUAAGGUUGAGCGCAUUGAGAAGAGGUGUCUGGAGCUGUUUGGCCGAGACUACUGUUACAGCGUGAUCCAGAAUGUGAAUGGGGAUAUCUGCGGCCACUACCCCCAGCACAUCGUGUUCCUGGAGUAUGAGAGUUCUGAGAAGGAAAAAGACACGUUUCAGAGCACCGUGCAAGUGAGCAAGUUGCAAGACCUCGUCAACCGCAGCAAGACAGCCAGGUGCAGAGGACGAUUUGUCUGUCCAGUGAUUCUGUUCAAGGGCAAGCACAUUUGCAGGUCGGCUACCCUUGCUGGAUGGGGGGAGCUGUAUGGACGCACCGGCUACAACUAUAUUUUCUCAGGGGGUGCAGACGACGCCUGGGCGGAUGUGGAGGACGUCACAGAGGAGGAUGGUGCUCUUAGAAGUUCCGACACGCAUCUUUUUGAUAAGGUCAGAGGCUAUGACAUCAAGCUGCUCCGGUACCUGUCAGUCAAAUACAUCUGUGACCUGAUGGUGGAGAACAAGAAGGUGAAGUUUGGCAUGAAUGUAACCUCCUCUGAGAAGGUGGACAAAGCCCAGCGCUACGCCGACUUCACUCUCCUCUCCAUCCCAUACCCAGGCUGUGAAUUUUUCAAGGAAUAUAAGGAUCGGGAUUACAUGGCUGAAGGGCUUAUUUUUAACUGGAAGCAGGACUACGUCGAUGCCCCCCUGAGCAUCCCCGACUUCCUGACUUGCUCUCUGAACAUUGACUGGAGCCAGUAUCAGAGUUGGGACCUAGUACAACAAACACAAAACUACCUGAAACUGCUGCUUUCUAUAAUUAAUAGUGACGAUGACAGCGGACUGCUGGUUCACUGCAUCUCAGGCUGGGAUCGGACACCGCUCUUCAUCUCUCUCCUGCGCCUUUCCCUGUGGGCUGAUGGGCUCAUUCACGCAUCCCUGAAGCCUGCUGAGAUCCUCUACCUGACUGUGGCCUAUGACUGGUUCCUCUUUGGGCACAUGUUGGUAGAUCGGCUCAGCAAAGGAGAGGAGAUUUUCUUCUUCUGCUUCAAUUUUUUGAAGCAUAUCAUCUCUGAGGAGUUCUCUGCUCUGAAGACACAGAGGAGGAAGAGUUUGCCAGCCCGGGAUGCAGGCUUCACCGUGGAAGAUAUCUGCAUGCUGAGACGAAAGGACCGUGGCAGCACCACCAGCCUUGGCAGCGACUUCUCUCUGGUCAUGGAGAGCUCCCCAGGAGCCGCCGGGAGCUUCACCUAUGAGACCGUGGAGUUGGUCCCUGCAGGAGCACAGACUCAGGCAGCUUGGAGGAAGAGCCACUCGUCCUCUCCACAGAGUGUGCUCUGGAACCGGCCACAGUCCUCAGAGGACCGCCUGUUUUCCCACCAGGGGCUGGUGGAAGCCAAGUCCUCCAGCUCCUCAUCCUCGAACCAUUCUGACAACUUUUUCAGGAUGGGUAGCAGUCCCCUGGAGGUCCCCAAGCCCAGCUGUGUGGGCUGGGCCAGCUCUGUUUGUAUGGGUAUUCGGUUACCUGCUUCCUGAACACACUCACCUGAGCUGGCACAGGGAACUGAGUGGUUGCUCUGCAGUCCUUUGACGGAAGCCUCAAGUGGAAAGAUUCAUGUGGAGCCUGUGCACUCACUCUUGAAAAAGAUGGAAAAGUUGGCUUUCGACCCCUGGGAUCACAUGCCCUGUCUCUCUCUGUGCUGCCCACUCCACACCAGAGCUGUCUCCUGGCCGCUUCAAGCAUGGUUCUUGCCUGGUGGUCCUACCUGCUGGACACGGGAAGUACAGGGAAGGGACUAGCCUUGGGGACCCCUCUAACUACAUUCUAUCCAUCUCUCAUUUUUUCUAUUGGCACUGUGAGUCUCUGGUAGUCCUAGGGAGUGGGGUUGGAGCCUAAGAAACCACCACGUUCCCCACUUCAGGGGGCCUCAUCCUACCCAACCUCCUCCACUUCACAUUCCUUCAACACUCUUCUCUUCAGCAGUUGUUUUCCCAAAAACUGGAGGAGAAACUCUGCCUUAAAGUUUGAACAGUAGAUGAGAUCUGUGGAGCCAGGACGAUCCCAAGAGGGUUUGUGUUGACUGAACACCCCAGCCUGACCCAGGGGAAGCACAGGGUAGGCACCAGACUGUGGCGUGUGCUCUCUCCUGGGCAGCGGUCUGGUUGAUUUAUAGACAGUAAAGGGUCACCACAGAUGCAGUGAGUCCUACCAGGUUUUUCCAUCUAGAAGGAAGGAAGACCUGCUCUGUUGGUCACCAGAAUUCCACCAGGUAGCGGAACACAUCCGUGUCAUCUGCGGUGCCGCUGUCACACAUCUUCCAGAACAGAGCAGGAAUGAUGAAUGUAGCAGGUCUCUGUUGCAGGGGUUUCUGAUUUGUGGCAGCUUUAAUGUAGAAAGCCAUCUGUUUUCUCUGGUCUCAAGGUGGUUCUGUGCAGGACAAAUCUGUAACCCAAGUGGGCUUUAGAAAUCUCUUCUUGUGCUCACUCACUGUGGGACUAGGGGCAAGUGUCUGACUGCCCUUUCCCUGUCUCUAAGCUCGGGCUGCUUUAGGAUCACCAGAGAUGCUGUGCUGGCCAGAGCUGCACGCAGCUUGGUAACUGAUGGUGGAUAAGGCUGACCUGGGGACCCAUGGGGACUGUCUCCUCAGCCUAGGAGCCCUUGACGCCAGUCACAUGUGUGGGCAAGGUCACUGAAUUUUUCAGUUCCCCACCCCCUAUACCACUCUUCAUGCUUUGUCUCUCUUUCUCGGUCCCAAUGGGAGCACUUUCCACUAUUCUUGAAUUAAAGAAUAAAGGGUCAAGCAUCAAAGAUGAGGCACCUCUGGGGACUGGGACCCGGGGUGGCUGAUGGAAGGGCCUUGUUUGAUGUUUCCCUGUCUCCUCCCCGCUUCCCCCACCGGCUGGGCCACUGUCCAGACACAGAGAGGGCUUGGCUGUGAGUGAGGAGGCGGCAGCAGUGGUAGAUUCCUGAUACAGUUUGCCUCUCCCCGCACCCCCCAAACCUCCAUUUGAAAAAGGCCUGAUGAAGCUGUCAAGUUGACUGCCUGAUUCAUCCCUUCCCUCUGGGCAUAGCCAGGGAGUUUGCUUGUGAAUACAAACUAUGGCUCCUGGAAGGCACUGCAGUGGAAGAGGGGAGGCCUCAGGGCUCCUGUCACCUUACUCUUCAAUCUAGGUCACCACCCCCCACUGUCCUCAAGAGGCUUGUUCUCCCAUCUCUCCGAUAGGCCCUCAGUGUUCUGGGUUCUAGGUUGCCCACCCUGCUGGUCUGCAUGCCAGGGGCUGUGGAGAGAGCCUGCCUCCCUGGUUCCUGAUGCGUCCAGCCUCGCUCCCCUGCCUUUGGUGCUGUUGAGAUUUUAUUUGAUUUGUCAGCAGCCAGGGCAGGCAUCCCAGACCCCAGGCUUUGGUAGCUGGCUCACCUUCGUCGCCAUGCUUUGCUCUUGUUCUUGUUUGCUUCUCUGUCUAUGCAUGAAGCACUGUCGUCACAACUGAGCCUGCCUUAUGGUCUGUACCCUUCUUUCUUGGUCAUAACCUGUCCUGCUGUUUUUGCCCUUGUGGAGAAAGUGGUUGACUUUACAGGUGCUCCACCAGCAGAUCCUUGUGGCUGUGUCCUAGGGCCACCAAAGCACCACCCCCCUCCUCCAGGGCUCCCCCACAUCAGGCAUGUGACUGACUGCAUCAUCUCCCCUCUCUCUCCUCUCUGCCCCAGAUCAGUGGACCAUCCCCUGCCCGGAUCCUCUCUCUCCACAGACUUUGGCAGCUGGCAGAUGGUAACAGGCUGUGGCAGUAUUCAGGAACGGGCUGUCCUGCACACAGACUCCUCUCUCCCUUUCAGCUUCCCGGAUGAGCUCCC